GAAGCAAAGGAACCCACUCACUUUCGAGGAAACUACAUCAGGAGAAGGAAAUUCCUCUGGCAUCCCUGGAAACACAGAGGUGGGCUUCCCACCACGGCAUGCUCUCUGGAGGGAUGAGCUGCCUCACCUGGUCUUCCCUUCAUGGCAGCACCCUCUGGUGGCGCACCAAGAGAUGGUUGUGACCAUGGUGUUGAUGAUAAGUCUUGCUGCUGUGCUGCAACAAUCUGCAGGACAGCAACCUGACUUUGCUUCAUUGUCAACCCAUCAUGCGGAUCAGCAAGAGGAGAUUGUUAAAACACACAAUGACUUCCGGAAAAAUGUGAAUCCACAGGCCACAAACAUGCUGAAGAUGGCAUGGGAUACAGCCGCUGCCGAGACUGCUAGACUCUGGGCACAGGAAUGUACAUUUGAACACAGCCUGGCACCCAGAAGAACCAUUGAUGGAAAAGCGUGCGGUGAAAAUCUCUUCAUGUCAACUGUUCCUACUUCGUGGACUGAAGUAACUCAGGCCUGGGGCAAUGAGAAGAACUAUUUCAAGUAUGGUUACGGAAGUGUAACGGGUGAUGCAGUGGGACAUUACACACAGGUGGUGUGGUACAGGUCCUUCCGGAUUGGCUGCUCUGUCGCUCACUGUCCAGGGAGCAAAUACACUUACUACUCUGUUUGCCACUACUGUCCCGCAGGAAACAUUGUUGGUUCAGUGAAUACUCCGUAUAAAACGGGAAGGCCUUGUGGAGACUGCCCAGGAAAUUGUGAAGAUAGACUCUGCACCAAUCCUUGCAAACAUGCUAAUGUCUACUCCAACUGUCCUGAUUUGGCACAAUCUCCAGGAUGCAAUCACCUAAUGGUGAAGGAUAACUGCGAAGCUUCUUGCCGGUGUCCCACUGAAAUCAAAUAGCACAUCAGCUCUACAGAAAAACUACACCCUUUCACUAAAAAAAAAAAAAAAGCAAUUUUUCAGCACAUUGUAGGAUAAAUAAAUAAUUUCCACUGAAAUUUUUAAAAUUUAUUUUAAUUUACACCUUACCUUUCUCCCCAAAGAGGACCCAAAGCAGCUUACAUCAUUCUCCUUACCUGUUUUCUCCUCACAAAACCCAUGAUGUACGUUAGGCUGAGAGUAUGUGAUGGCUGAAGAUCACCCAGGAAGCUUCCAUAGCAAGUAGGGAAUUGAACUGCAUCCCCCAGAUCUUGGUCCACUACUCUAGCCAGUAUACCAGAAUUGAAAGUCAUGGAUUUCUUAGUACGGAUGUAUUUUCAUCCAAUCAGAAAAGAGAGAGAGAAAUGUUGGGGUGGGGAAAGUAACUCUAAAAGUGUCAUGCGUCCACAGAGAAAUACUACACAAAUGCAGACACAGGUAUCCCAAGAAAGACCGCUACAAUAGCGAGAGGAUCAAAAACCAAUGUUGCAAAUUUUGGUGGAUACACCUGGGAUGUCGAGUCAGGUGGUUACGACCAAUAUCACUGUAUUGCCCAUGAAGGAAAGUAUCCAUCUCCACACAUUGCUCUGUACCGUACUAUUCCAUUAAACAAAGUUUGUAGCCUUC